CGCCACCCCGGUCAGGCGCGACGAGGCUGAACGUGUGUCUUGAGCUGCGCUCCUCCAAAAAUUCCGUGAGAGCAGGAGGCUCCUGAAAAGUCCUUCUUCCACGCCCCUUCAAUUAUUUUGCCUUAUUCUUUCUUCCAGUAGCUUGAACUUGCUGGAAGAAGCUCUCUUUGGCGACCUUGUCGCUAAUCCAGUCCCUGGACAACCGACGACCCGAGCCGACAAGACCUGGUGUUGUUUGCUGCGCGGCAGCAUCCACAGAUCGUCAAGAUGAGCACCAGCAUGCGCGAUUUGAUCUCUGGAGAAGCCGAGUUGGACGAUGACGAGGAUGAAGAGUCCUUUGAUGAAGAGACCGGUGAUAGUCGCCGCAGAGGCAGAGCUAGCCGAGUCGAAGAUUCGAGUGAAGAGGAGGAGGAUGAUGACGACGAAGAGGAAGCGCGAAAGAUUCGCGAAGGUUUCAUUGUCGAUGAGGACGAGGACGAGGAAGAAGACGGUGGCGACUCCGAUGGCGAUGUGCGCCCCGUAGUCAAGAGGAAGCGCGAGCAUCGCGACCGCGAACAAGAAGAAGCCCUCGAUGAAGACGACUUGGAACUCAUCGGAGAGCAAUUUGGCGAGCGGCCAAAGCCUCCAACUCAGUCCAAGUUCAAACGUCUGAAGCGCGGCCAUCGCGACGAGGAUGAUCGCGGGAACGAACGACGCGGCCUCGAAGAAAUAUUCUCGGAUGACGAUGAGGAAGUGGCCGAUCAACGACCAUACGGACGACGACCACAGGCCGACGAGUUUGAAGACUUCAUCGAGGAAGAUUUCCCCGAAGACGAGGAGGACCGAAUCCGCCAAAUGGAGGACGCCGAAGUCGCCCGACCGAGAGACCGCGGUGUUGGAAGUAUUGUCGAUACAACUGGGCUUGAUAAGGAUGCCCUCGAUGACAUGGAAGCCAUCUUCGGUAACGGCGAAGACUACGACUGGGCCCUGCAGAUGGAGGAAGAGGAAGAGGACCGCGAGCGAGAGGAACAGGCCAUUGAGCUCAAGGACGUGUUCGAGCCAUCGCAGCUGAAGGAGAAGCUCCUGACCGACGAAGAUAACGAGAUCCGCUUCACCGACGAACCCGAACGAUUCCAACUCGAUCGCAAGGCGUUCAAGAAUCUGCAGCUUUCGCCCGAUCAGUUCAAAGAAGAGGCUCGAUGGAUCACCAACCAACUGUGGCCGAAGAAGGGCCUGGCGCCUGAUUUGCAGACGCCCUUUGGCAAGGCUGUUGGCAAGGUCCUCGAGUUCUUCAUCGUUGAUGAAGUGGAGGUUCCCUACGUGUUCCAGCACCGUAAGGACUACCUCCUUCAUACUCGCAAGACCAGAAACACAAACCGCGACGACCCCGAUGCCCCGGAAUACGUCAUCAGUGCCGAAAAACUCCUGAACCAGGAUGAUCUGUGGAGAAUUUUGGAACUUGAUAUCAAAUUUCGAUCUUUCGUGGAUAAGAGGAACUCCCUUGAGAAGACGUAUGAUAACCUCAAGUCGCUCGGGAUCCAGGAUUCCAUCAUCGAAGAAAUGAUCCCUGAGGCAGCCACUAUGGAAGAGCUGCAGGAUUUGCAGGAUUACCUGCAAUUCCAGUACGGACCCCAGCUGAAGGACUUGGCUGCUAUUUCGGGCAACGUAUCGCAGACGAAGCGUCCUGGGUCCAAGUCGACCUUGCUUGAGCGAGUUCGCCAGGGCAAAGCUUACACCUUUGUUCGAGCCUACGGUGUCACUGCCGACCAGCUCGCCAAGAAUGCCUUGCGUCAAGGCAAGAAGGUUUCACCGGAUGAUGAUGCCCAGUAUCCUAUGGAUCUUGCUGACACCCUUCUUGACGGCAACUUCACCACAGGCGACCAGGUCAUCAGUGCAGCGCGCCAGAUGUACUCAGAAGAGCUUUUUGCCAGUCCGCGUAUGCGCAAGCACUUCAGAAACUCGUACUAUCAGGCAGCGGAGAUCAGCUGUCGUCGAACCGAUAAGGGACUGCGCAGGAUCGACGACACCCAUCCGUACUACGAGAUCAAAUAUUUACAGAACCAGGCAAUCGCCGACUUGGUGCACCAACCUGAGCUGUUCCUAAAGAUGAUGAAGGCAGAGGAGGAAGGCCUGGUUGAGAUCAAGCUCGACAUGCCACUUCGAUACGACUUCCGACGACAACUCUACCAAGAGUUUGAGUCUGAAAACUUCAGUGAUCGAGCCGAACAGUGGCGAGAGGAGCGCAAGAAGGUUCUGGAUGUGGCCUACCCCAAGCUGGAGAAAAUUAUCGCCAAGAACGUCAAGGAGGUCAUCCGCACCUUCUGCCAGGAUGAGGUGCUGAAGACGUGCCGUGAGGAGUAUGCCAAGCGAUUGGACCAGGCUCCAUACAAGCCCAAGGGUAUGAUCCUGGGUACGACCCCUCGAGUGCUGGUACUUUCCAAUGGUAUGGGCGACCCUGCCCGUGAACCCAUCUGCUGGGCCUGGGUGGAGGAGGACGGUCGCGUGCUGGAGCAAGGAAGAUUUGGAAAUCUCGCCCGGGAUGAGCGACAGCGAGAGGACUUUGUGGACCUUGUCCAGCGCCGUCGACCAGACGUGAUUGGUGUCAGUGGUUGGUCUGCCGACACGAACAGGCUGGUCCGGGACCUGGAGACCAUCGUCAGCGAGAAGGGCCUCAUGGGACCGGAGUUUGAUGACCCCGAGACCAAUGACUACCGGACAGAGCCGCUGGAAGUGGUGGUGGUUAAUGACGAAGUGGCUCGCCUGUACAAGGACAGCCCCCGCGCUCAUGCCGAACACCCAUCUCUCAACCCUGUUACGAGGUACUGUGUUGCCCUGGCUCGAUACAUGCAGAACCCUAUGAAAGAGUACGCUGCGCUUGGCAAAGAUGUGGCGUCCCUUUCCUACCACCCCUGCCAGAACCUCCUUCCCGCGGACAAGCUCGCCAAGUACCUCGAUUCUGCCAUGGUUGACAUGGUUAACCUCUGUGGUGUCGACAUCAACGAAGCCAUGACGGAUACGUACACUGCCAACCUCCUCCCGUUCGUGUCUGGUCUCGGUCCACGAAAAGCUACAAGCGUCAUCAAGGCAAUCAAUGCCAAUGGUGGUGCCGUCAACACUCGAGAUGAACUGGUUGGUGACCCUGACAGUGGCAAGCUUCCUGUUGUAGGCCCGAGGGUUUGGAACAACUGCGCCAGUUUCCUGUUCAUCGAAUACGAGCCGACCAACCCAUCCUCGGAUCCUCUGGACAACACUCGUGUUCACCCCGAGGACUAUGAGCUUGGUCGCAAGAUGGCAGCCGACGCUCUGGAGCUGGACGAAGAGGAUGUCAAGGCUGAGACGGACGAAAACGGUCCUGGCGCCAUCGUCCGAAAACUUUUCAAGCAGGAUGAACAGGACAAGGUCAACGAACUUGUCCUGGAGGAGUAUGCUGAGCAGCUGUUGAGGAACUACAGCCAGCGCAAGCGAGCUACUCUAGAGACGAUUCGCGCUGAACUGCAGGCCCCCUACGAGGAGCUACGGAGGAACUUUGGCAUGCUGUCUGCUUCUGAGAUCUUCACAAUUUUCUCAGGUGAAACCAAGGACACGCUGUGCGACGGCAUGAUUGUACCCGUCAACGUGCGUAUGGUCAAGGACGACUUUGCGAUUGUGAAACUCGACUGUGGCAUAGAAGGCCGAGUCGACGCCCACGAGAUCAACCAACGCGGGUCCAUCAAGGAGGUGCUAAGUGUGGGACAGACGGCACAGGCCAAGAUCUUGGACAUCAAUUACAAGGACUUCAUGGCUAAGAUGUCGAUGCGAGAAGAUUCCCUUCGGGUCCCAUACAAGCGACCGAUCAACUACGGCCGCGAUGGAUGGGAUUAUGCUCUGGAGACGGCAGAUAAGGAGGAGUUACAGGAGAAGGACAAGACUACAGGACGUACGCAACGUGUUGUCAAACAUCCCAACUUCAAACCCUUCAACUCGAUCCAGGCCGAGGAGUUCUUGGGAUCACAGGCUCCGGGUGAGGUCAUUAUCCGACCGUCCUCCAAGGGUAAUGAUCACCUCGCCAUCACAUGGAAGGUGGCGGACGGCGUGUACCAGCACAUUGAUGUGCUGGAAAUGCAAAAGGAUACCGAGUUCUCGGUGGGCAAGUUGCUGCGUGUGGGCGGCAAGUACACAUACACCGAUCUGGACGAGUUGAUUGUGGAGCACGUCAAGGCUAUGGCUCGCAAGGUGGAUGAACUGAUCCGACACGACAAGUACCAGAAGCGGUCCCGAGGCGAGACAGAGAAAUGGUUGACGACAUACAUUGACGCCAACCCCAACCGAUCGGCAUAUGCAUUCUGUAUCGACCCCAAGCACCCGGGCUACUUCUGGCUCUGCUUCAAGGCGAGUCGCUCUGCUAGAGUCAUUGCGAUCCCUGUGCGAGCCAUUCCGCAGGGCUUUGAGCUCAAGGGCUAUCAGUACCCUGACAUGCGAGCCCUGUGCAAUGGCUUCAAGCUGCGAUACCAGAAUGAGUUUUCCAAGAUGGGCAAGCGAUGAGAGGCUUUAGGACUUGGGCAUUUGGCACCGGAUGUGGCAAAAAGAUUCGGGAUAUGCAUAGUUGAUGUGUUUGAGUAAGAAUUCUUGGGAUGGGGGAGAGGAUGCGUGUACAUAAUUCCGGCGCAGGAUUGAAUCAUUCUACCAAGGGGAAGGGCGCUGUUGCCAUGCGGGGAUAGAAGCAAGUUGAGAGGAGAAAACCAAAAUGGCCAAAGAUUAUUGAAAUGAAAUUAUUCUGCAGC